AGAUGAUCCGAAAAACUCACAUUUGAGAGAGAUGGAAGGCGCGGAGGAGAGGUUGAUUCUGUGCAGGGCUGAUCUUACGGAUUACGAGAGUUUGCGCGAGGCCAUCAACGGCUGUGAUGGCGUUUUCCAUACAGCCUCUCCGGUUACUGAUGAUCCAGAACAAAUGAUUGAGCCUGCGGUGAACGGAGCCAAAUAUGUGGUACGUGCAGCUGCAGAAGCUAAAGUCCGCCGUGUGGUAUUUACCUCGUCCAUCGGCGCAAUUUAUAUGGAUCCUAACAGAGAUCCCGAUAAAGUUGUUGACGAGACUUGCUGGAGUGACCUUGAGUUCUGCAAGAACACUAAGAAUUGGUAUUGCUACGGCAAAACUGUGGCCGAGCAAGCGGCUUGCGACACGGCCAAGGAAUUAGGGGUUGACCUUGUCGUGGUCAACCCUGUUCUCACGCUCGGCCCCUUGCUUCAGCCAACUGUCAAUGCCAGCGUCCUUCACAUACUCAAGUAUCUAACGGGGUCCGCCAAGACCUACGCCAACUCCAUCCAAGCCUACGUGCACGUUAAGGAUGUGGCGUUGGCCCACCUACUCUUGUUCGAGACACCCGAAGCUUCCGGAAGGUACUUAUGCGCGCAGAGCGUGCUCCACCGUGGCGACGUCGUGGAGAUUCUCGCCAAGUUCUUCCCCGAGUAUCCUAUCCCGACCAAGUAAUUAAGUUCGAUGGUUUCAAUUUAGUUUCUACUAUUGUUAUGUUGCUUAAACAAAAAAAAGAAGAAAAAAUAUAACACAUCGACUCAUCUAUUAAAAAACGAUUUAAUUUAGAAAUGAAUGACAAAAAUAAACCAUCCAUGAACAAUAAAAGUUAGGAUGUUUAUAAUGUAAAAUAAGACCUUCAUAAAUAUGUGAAUAAAAUGAAAUUUGGAGACGAGCGUUGUAAUUUCAACUCUUUGGUUUUGCUAAGCAGGUGCUCGGAUGAAAAGAACCCAAGGAAAAAGGCAUACAAAUUUUCAAACAAGAAGCUUGUUGAUUUGGGCGUGGAGUUCACGCCCGUUAAGCAGUGCUUAUAUGACACGGUCAAAAGCCUUCAGGAAAAAGGCCACCUUCCUAUACUAAAUCAGAAUGAUGAGUCCAUUCGUAUCCAGUCUUAGUGCCUUUUGUGUUUAUUGGGCCGCCAAAAAUACCAGUGUUAUGGGCCCCCAUGUUAUGUUCAUCUUCCUGUAGCGUGAAACGUUGGCAUAAAUGUUCAUCUUCCUGCUUUGUCUUUUCUUUUCUUUUCCGCCUUUGAAUGAGAAUAAUCAUUUGUGGAAUUAAUAUUUGUUACUUUCAAGGUGCUAAUGAAGUUAAAUAUGGGGUGCCAAUAUAAUC